AUGCCCAUUAUCGAUAUCACCAAGGACCUCUCGGCGCUCUUCACCCAACAAGCCCACGCUACCCCCGAUGCUAUUGCGCUAGAGGACGAGCAGCAUACUUACACUUAUGCCCAGCUCCACGAUAAAGUCGCCGCCCUCGCUGACCGUCUCCGGAGCCACGGCGUUGGUCGCGAUAGCCUCGUCGGCGUCUUGCUGCCACGGUCCGCUGAUUAUGUAAUCGCCUGUUUGGCGGCCCUUCGCGCCGGCGGCGCUUUUCUCGUGCUCGAGCUUGCGUAUCCGCCUGAUCUGCUAGCCGAUGUCAUCGACGACGCUCGUCCUGCCGUCCUAGUGACGAUCCGGGCCGAAGUGGGCAAGAUCAAAGAGGGCGUGCCGCUCGUCAUCGUCGAUGAGCAGCAGCCAGGUGUCAACGGCCAUGUCGAUGAGAAGGCGCUUCCCCCUUUACCCGAAGAGACCGACCUCGACCGUCUGAGUUUCGUGGCCUACUCCAGCGGGACCACAGGGAAGCCCAAAGGCAUAGCGAACUCUCACAAAGCAGCCGUAUUAUCUUACAAUCUCAGAUUUGGCCUGUCGGAUCUUCAACCGGGAGAUCGUGUGGCCUGCAAUGUCUUCUUCGUCUGGGAAAUCUUGCGCCCUCUCCUGCGGGGAGCCACAGUGGUCGCCGUCCCUGACGAUGCCAGCUAUGACCCCAGGAUGCUCGUGGACCUUCUGGCCUCCAAGAACAUCACUGAGACCCUAUUCACGCCCACUCUAUUCGCAGCCAUCCUAUCCCGGCAUCAGUCUCUUGGCACUAGGCUUCCGCAUCUGAAAACCAUCUGGCUGAAUGGUGAAGUAGUCACCACUGACCUUGCGCGCCGCGGUAUCAGAGCUCUACCAAAUGCUCGCUUGCUCAACUGCUAUAGCGCUUGUGAGACCCAUGAAAUCGCCUGUGGGGAUAUUCGAGACAUGCUCGACAAGAUCAGCAAAGAUGCUCUCUACUGCCCCGUGGGUCCUCCGCUAAUAGAUGAGAAGUACAUCUAUAUCCUCGACGAGGGCGGACAUAGGGUCGAGCCAGGUACUAAUGGCGAAUUGUUCGUUGGCGGCCAUUUACUCGCGCGAGGAUACCUCAACCGCCCGGAGACCACUGCAGAGGCCUUCACUCCCAACCCCUUCAGCUCCAAAUCUGGUGCCCGCAUGUACAGGACUGGUGAUAAGGCGCGCCUGCUACCUUCUGGACUUCUAGAGAUCACCGGCCGCGUUGGGGCGAUGAUCAAGCUCCGUGGCUAUUCAGUCGUUCCUGGCAAGGUCGAAAACGCAAUCGUGCACUAUCUUGCCGUGAGCCGGAGUGCAGUUAUUGCCCAUGGCGAGGGAAUGGACCGGCAACUGGUAGCAUACAUUGUCCGGGACAAGGAAUCCUCCGCAGAGCGUCCUGAAGCUGAAAUCGACAAUGAAGGUCGGAGUCUCACGGCACGGCGAAUACUCAAACCUUAUCUCGCGCAUUACAUGAUACCCCAUUGGUGGGUCGAGCUAGAAGAGCUUCCAACGCAUGAUGUCUCUGGGAAAGUGGAUCUGAAGCGUCUACCCCCUCCACAUACCAGGACCAAGUCCCCGACGGGCAAGCGAGCAACGUUUGAGCAGGAUCCGAUCGAUACCAAACAGAUUACUGAGAUCUGGGCGGCGAUUCUGGGCAUCAAGCCUAGCUCCAUCACCCCUGAAUACAACUUCUUCGACCUCGGCGGUCACUCCCUUUCUUUAGCGGACCUUGCUGCACGGUUGUCCAACACUUUCGGCCUCAAGAUCCCGGUCGCCCGUCUGGCAGAUCCUGCAACUCUCAACGGUCAUCUUGACACCGUCCGCUCCGUCAGAGAUGGACAGACCGCAGCGGUACAGGCUGACCUACCUGCCGUUUUGCGAGCUGAUUCCGUCCUCGACAAGGAUAUCCAACCCGUUAAUGCAAAGAUAUGCGCAUUGAAGGAUGCCGAAACUGUGUUGUUGACUGGUGUGACCGGCUUCCUGGGGGCUUUCCUGCUUAGGGACCUGUUGGACAGCACAUCUGCUAAGAUUAUCUGCCUUGUACGUUUCAACGACGCCUCACAAGAUGACCGGCCUGCCGGUAUUGCAAGAAUCCGCAGGAAUUUGUUGGAUUUCGGCUUAUGGAGCGACCUGAUUAUGGAACGCGUGGAAAUCCUACCCGGAAAUUUGUCUCGAAAGCGGUUCGGUCUUUCUCCGGACGCAUUCGCCGAACUCGCCGGCCGUGUCCAGGUGAUCGUCCAUGCCGCAGCUACUGUCAACCUCGUGUAUCCGUAUGCCGCCCUGCGCCUUCCGAACGUUAUCGGCACUAAGGAGAUUCUGCGUCUUGCAUGCCGGGGUGGAGCCACGGUGCAAUACGUCUCCACUAAUGGCGUUCUUCCUCCAACGUCCGGCCGGCAAGGUUGGCCAGAAGAUGCCAUGCUCGACGUAGACGAUGUUCCGGAGAAACUUGCUGAUGGCUAUGGCCAAACGAAAUGGGUAGCAGAACAGCUCGUACUCGAAGCCGGUCGCCGUGGUUUGCCCGUGAAAGUACAUCGAGCAGGCACGAUCAGUGGGCACAGUGAGACGGGCGCCUCGAACGCCUGGGACCUCCUUACCGCCUUGAUCGUGGAAUCUGUUCGGAUCGGCUACCACCCAGACGUUAUAGGCUGGCGAGCCGAGAUGACUCCAGUCGACUUUGUGAGCAAGGCGAUGAUUCAUCUCAGCAAUCAGACUGAGGUGGGCCAAACUAUCUUCCACCUGGGCGAUCCAACACCUGUAGAUACGAGUGCGGUCUUCGAAGAUCUCACUCAGCUCGGAUAUCCCACACAGCCACUCCAGUUCGACAAGUGGGUUGCUCUCUGGGACGACAAGAGAGGCUCAGUCAAAGGAGGAGAUGGUGCCUUUACCAUUGAUAUUCUCCGCAGCGGUAUGCCAAGUGUCGCCUUCUUACGAGAUAUCGUCGUCCUUGAUAACGCCAAAACACGGCCUUUCCGUGCAGUUGUAGAACGCCCCAAAGUCGAUCAGGUUCUCCUUGAGACAUACACUCGCCAUUGGUAUGCUCGCGGCUGGCUUGAUGAACCACCGACCAGCCAGAAUGCUAAAGGUGGGUCCGGGCAGCUUCCGCGGAGAGGACCACUAUAUGGGAAGGUCGCUGUCGUCAUGGGUGCCUCCUCCGGAAUCGGCGCCGCGACUGCGUCAGGUCUCGUAAGAGAAGGCUGUCAUGUAGCCCUCGCUGCUCGUCGCUUAGAUGCGCUCGAGGACCUUAAGAAGCGACUGGUCGUGCGUGAGGGCAAAGUUAUCUGCCAAAGGACCGACGUUACGGACAAAGCGCAGGUUGAAGCGCUUGUUAGCGCAGCUGAGAAGGAGCUGGGUCCUAUCGACAUAUUCAUCUCGGUGUCGGGCGUCAUGUACUUCACCAUGAUGAAGAACGUUCAGACGGAGGAGUGGAAUCGCACCGUCGACGUAAACUGCAAAGGCCUGCUGAACUGUAUUUCCUCUACAGUUCCAGCUAUGCUCGGCCGUGGCAAGGGCCACAUUGUCGCUAUCUCCUCAGACGCAGGCCGAAAGGUAUUUCCGGGCCUGGGCGUCUACUCAGCCAGCAAAUUUUUCGUUGAAGCCACGCUACAAAGCUUGCGUCUCGAGACCGCUGGCACCGGGCUUCGCGUCACGAGCGUACAACCUGGCAAUGUUUCCACGGAUCUGCUAGGUAUGUCGACUGAUACGGAAGCGCUCAAGAAGUACGGCGAGCCGUCGGGAGCGAAGGUGUUGGGCGCCGAGGACGUGGCCAACUCGAUCGUCUAUGCGCUGAAGCAGCCGGAGCACGUCUCCGUGAAUGAAAUCUUGAUCGAGCCUCGCGAUGAGCCCAUUUAA